AUGACACUAUGCAACGGUGUAUGGAUUUCCAUGUUAGUUUGCUUUUGGUCUCAAGUGAUUAGUGUAUAUCAUAGUGAUUUUGUCACUAUAAGAAUGAAAAUGAAUCUAUUAAAAUUAGACGAUAGACGUGACAAUAACGUGGAUAUUUUAAAGUGCGAUAGUAAGUCGAAGCGAUCGUUUCAACUAAGAUUUCAACCCCAUGACACAAUGCCGCGUUUAUUUUGGCAUAAAUUAGAACAAAAACAAGAAACAACACCAACUGUCACGGAAAUGGAAAUGGAAACUCCACCGGCAACCUUAACAUCGGAACAGGAAGCGAUCACCAUGCCAAUGGAAGAAAUGUCGUCUGCCAGUAAUGAUUUGCCUACAUCCGAUACAACAACAACAACAACAACAACAACAGUGACAACCACGAGCACUUCUUUUAAUUCGACGAUCAUCGCAUCGCAACCUCCAUCGAUUCCGGCAACUUUUACUACUAUUAUGAAACCAACACCCGGGUUGUCUACCAAAUGGACUGAAAAAGUGAAAAAUCUCUUCUUUGGUUCCCCGGGCCAAAUCCAUCUUCUACAAAAGCACGGUGACAGUAGCGGCAAAAUUAGAAGUAAAGGAUUUCUCAGCUUAUUUGAGGUGAUUAAAUUUGAUAACAGCAAAUGUAACGUGUCGACGGGCGAAAUACGCUCAAUGGAAGGUGUAUGUUAUCACGAAUUUGAAUGCAAGACUUUCGGGGGCAUAGCUACUGAACGUUGCGCUGAUGGUGCUGGGGUUUGUUGUAUAUUCCUUACUGGUUGCGGUGAUACGACUGAUCAACCGAUAGCAUACUUUGAAAGUCCCAAGUAUCCUCAACCAGUUCACGAAAUGCUUAUCUGUGUCCUCAUUAUAAAUUUGCGCAAAAAUGUUCAACAGUUGCGUUUGGAUUUCUUAACAUUUGAGCUUAGCCGUCCAACCGAUGGUGAUUGUCUAGAGGAUCAAUUUACCAUUUCUGGUCAAAACAUUAACUUCGAAGUGCCUACUUUGUGCGGUGUUAAUACCGGUCAUCACAUUUAUCUUCACGUUAGUAGUAGCCUGGAUGGAAAAAUCUACUUAUCUUUUCUUGCAAAAGUUCCAUCAGGAGCGAGAAUAUUCAAUAUAAAAAUUUCUCAGUUGGAACCCAGGGAUAAUAUAGCACCCGAUGGCUGCUUACAGUACUAUACAGAAUCGGAAGGCAUUGUAAAAUCAUUCAAUUAUGACAUUGAGUCUACAGCAGUUGCCAAUAAAGAAGCCACUUAUUUAAAUAAUCUCAACUACGUGAUUUGUAUCAAACGAUCGAAAAACUCAUGCACGGUUAACUAUGUGGUGGAACGCGGUGUGGAUAUUCGCGGCAACGGAGAGCAAAUGGAUUUUCAAAUUCUUAAUAAAGAUGAAGAUGAAAACGAUUUAGUGCCCGAUGGGCAGGCUGGCGCUGGCAUCUUCAAUUGUCCCUAUGACUUCAUAGCCAUCAAUCAGGUGCGCCUUUGCGGUGAACGUUUUAAUGAUGGUACGGAUAAUGAAGACUUCACCAUGAAUGCGCUGGUAAGAGAUGUCGCGGCGGGACCAAUUAUAUUGCCCUUUCGCAGUGAUAACAUGUAUGUGGGCCGUGGCUUUCGUUUGGCUUACAAACAGGAAUUGUGCACUUAA